AUGGAGUGGAAAGCAGUUUCAUCUCAGGAACCUGCACAGACACCUGAAGAAGUUGAACAGCCAGACGAGCACGGUUUGUGCUGGCGCGAGACAGAAAUUGGUGUUUUAGCGUUUAAAACAAAUGAAGAUGGUUCAAAGAUGUGGAUUCAAUUCGACAGCGAAGGCAAUGGAACUGAAGUUGUCUUUGAUCCCGAAGGAAACGCAUACUACGUACACGGCAAUGCAACUAUACCAGUGAAAAUGCAAAGCCCUCACACUCCUAAUGACUCCCAGCACACACAGGGAGAGCAACAGAACCAACACUGUGAAGCAACAGCAGCGCAGCAAACAGCCACCACCCCGCUUUCUGAAGCAGUUGCAGCAGAAACAACAGGAGCUGCUGCUGAUGCUGAUCCUAAUGCUACUGCUGCUGUUGCUGCUGCAGCAGCAGCAGCAGCUUCUCAAGAAACAUUUGGUAGGGGCACAACCACUUCACAGAUUGAACUGCUAACAGAAAAGGAAGAAAGGCUGUGGAGCCCUCAGCAGGAAGAAGCAGCAACAGAAGCAGCAACGGCAGCAGCAGCAGCAGAGAACACUGCAUCAGGGGCUUUAGGAGUUCAUGUAGAGACAGAAUCAGCAAACAAUGCAGCAGCAGCUGCUGCUGAAGAAGCACAAUAUAGCAGCAGCAGAAAAACAGAAGCAGCUUUACACCCCCAAACUCUGCUAGCUUUGACUACAGCUGACGGCGACAGCACAAGAGACUCACUCGAGAGGCAGCCUAUGCCGCUUCCUACCCUCAUCAGUGCAGCAGACAAACCUGCAGGCGGAGCAGCAGCUCUCUUGUCUCUUUGGUUAGAAGCUAAGGACAGUAAAGAGAGGAGAAGCAGCAGCAGCAGGGGUAAUCCUAAGCAGCAGCAGCAGCAGCAGCAACUGCUGCUGCAGCAGCAGAUGCUGCUGCGGCUUCAAGGGCUGGAGAUCCCUCAGCGACUGGCGAAACUCAGCGAAGAAGAGAAAAUCGUUGCAGAGGCCUUUGAAAGAAAUUUGAAGGCAUUAAAUGAAGAAAUAGAUUUCACUCGUUCUGUGGUGUCUACAGCAGAACAGGUUCGUUAA